GCUUUUUGUAGCAGAAAACAUUCCCAGUUUUCAAGGAAAAUACACCCACAUUCUCAUUAUAUCAAAAAUACAUAUAUUCUUUAUUUGUUGGUAACUGGUGGCAAAGAUGUCCAAGUCAUCGCGUAGCUUCAAGUUCCCACCAGUCAGCUCCUCUUCCGUGUCCUCGGUUUCCGGCAGCGAGUCGGGGCUCGGAGGAUUGGAGGACAUGUUGCACGUGACAAAGGUGCGAACUUCCCAGGCGGACAACGCAGAGCAUUUCUUGUACGGCGAUGGGCCAAAAAAAUCGAAUUCGGAUCUGCAGAAAAAGGUCAGUACACCCGAUCCGGAAGAGGAGGUGACAAUGGAGCCACCAUUUGUGGCAUUGGUCAGCAAUUUGCCAAUGGAGUGCACUGAAGGCGAGUUGCGGAAAGUGUUCACUAGUUUUUCGAUCCGUUCCCUAACCAUUCCGAAAAAGGGAAAGCGACCCAAGGGAUUUGCGUAUGUGGAAAUGGAUUCCCGGGAGGAUCUCAUUCGUCUGCUCAAAAUGGAUAAGCUCAAGUGCCGUGGUCGUUGUCUUAUGUCCAAAAUAGGUCAAUUGCCACCCGAACCACCGACAAAGGCAGCUGGAGAUGGCUUUUUACUAUUUACUGGACGUUCAGGCAGCCAAUUUGAUAUAAACUCUUGCCACUAUUCGGCCAGUAUCAGUGAUCUCAGCAGCAUCGAUUCGCCAAUCUCAGCGAGGAACUCACCAUUGUCUCCGGAAAGUGAGUCGUCCUUUUUCGGCAGGGAUAAUCCUAUAAAAAGGAUACCAAGUAGCACUGAGGAAGUGGAACGCCGCAUGGAAAUUCGUCUUCAGAAACUGGCCGAAUUCGAGAAUUCUCAAUCGGAGAGAAUUAAGAGUGAGUGCGAGGAUGCCUUCAUGUCCUGGAGCGAUGCCCUAGACGAGAUUAGAAAAUCUGAGGAAAUUUAGUUAUGUUCACAAAUUUAUAUCAGUUGAAACGGAUUCCUCAAAUCAUACCGAAUCCUAACAAUAAAA